UGAACAGUCCGAUGCGCGCUGGAGUCAGGGAUACUGGUGACUCAGAUCUUCAAGCUAGAAAGAGCAUCGAGAACAAAUAUUGAGCAGUUGUCAGCAACCGUUCAAGGGUAAUAAGUAUGGUCGGGUGGUGCUGCGCCUUGUGGCUGGUCACAGGGAAGGUGGUCAUCUCCACGAACAUGAACGACGGGUGUGCCUGCUGGCCUCAUCAGCCCCUCCUCGGACGCGGGGCAUGGUCGCGACACGUGCAAACGCGUCUCAACAACGAAUUGCAGAAUGACGUAACUUGCAAGAAGAUUUACGGUCUCGACGUGAUGACCAAUAGUCUGGCAAAAGACAUUUCUCGCUGUCAUGAAACCGGAAACAUCAUGGCCGGGGUAGAGGAAGCAAUCAUCGAGAAGUAGAUAUAGGAAGCAAUUAUCACUUACACGGACACCUGCACAAACUUGAAUGGUUAUUGCGACUUCGAAUGAG